CUGGGAAUCCACGAUAUCGAGGUGAUAUUAAUGUAUUGUUAGUUGGUGAUCCAGGAACUAGUAAAUCACAACUAUUGCAGUAUGUACAUAAAAUUGCUCCUCGUGGAGUAUACACUUCUGGUAAAGGCUCUUCAGCUGUUGGGUUAACUGCAUAUGUUACUCGUGAUCCAGACACAAGGCAAAUAGUAUUAGAAAGUGGAGCAUUAGUGUUAAGUGAUGGCGGUAUUUGUUGUAUUGACGAAUUCGAUAAGAUGUCCGAAGGAACCCGAUCAGUUCUUCAUGAAGUGAUGGAACAACAAACUGUUUCAGUUGCCAAAGCAGGAAUUAUCACUACUCUCAAUGCCAGAACAUCUAUUCUUGCAUCUGCAAAUCCUGUAAACUCAAAAUAUGAUCCCAAUUUGUCCAUCGUUGAAAACAUUCAGUUGCCACCGACAUUAAUGUCAAGAUUUGAUCUUAUCUAUUUAAUAUUAGAUAAAGAGAAUGAACUGAUUGAUAGACGUUUGGCGCAACAUAUUGUAUCUUUUUAUUUAGAAGACACACCUAAUGUUGCUGGACCUAAUAUCUUGCCUAUUGAAGAAUUGACCGGUUACAUUAGUUAUGUGCGGCAAAAUUGCGACCCAACUCUUACUAAUGAAGCUUCCAAUGCCUUAAUAGAAGCCUAUGUUGAAAUGAGAAAAAUGGGUCAAGAUCCGAGAUCUAGUGAAAGAAUUGUAACUGCUACGACUAGACAGCUUGAAUCUAUGAUUAGACUGUCAGAAGCUCAUGCUCGUAUGAGACUAUCGUAUACUGUGGAAAUCGAUGACGUUAAGGAGGCUGUGCGUCUUCUUAAGGAGGCUAUUAAACAGUAUGCAGUUGACCCCAGCACCGGUAGAAUUGACAUGGACAUGAUAAACACAGGGAGGGCAAUGCAUAAACGACAUUUACUGGAAGAUUUACGAAAAGAAAUAUUGCGAUUAAUAUUGAACCAUGAUUCACCAAGUAUAAGAUGGAAGAAAUUACUUCUAGAUGUCAGAGGUCAAUCAACAAUGGCACGUACUUAUUCAUGCGAUGUUUCUGAUAAAGAUUUUGAAGAAGUGAUUAAUAAUCUAGAACAUGAUGGCGAGAUUCGCGUAACUGGAAUUGGACAAGAUCGUAUCAUUAAAAAAUUAUUGAGUGACGAUAUUAAUUAA